AUGAAUUAUAAAAUAAUCUGGUUUAUUAUUUUUCUGGAAAGUCAAAGUUAUAUAGUCUAUGAUGAUGGCUGGUUUAGGUAUCAAUCUCAUCUAGAUUCUUUUCACUUUGUUAAAACCAUUGAAUUUUCAGAACCCUUUCGAAAUACUCCCCAGAUAUUUUUUACUUUAUCAGGAAUUUGGAUGUAGACUGGCGGAAAUGAAUACUAAUUUUCUUGUGAAGCACUAAAUACUAAAAGUUAAUAAUUUAUUAAAAUUAGGUUUUACAGCUAGAAUUAAAUCAGUUAUGAAUAAAAACGUAGCUGUUUAUUUUUAUUAUUAAGCAUAUGACGAUAUGCGUAUUGAAAUAAUUAAUGUUUUUAAUUUGAGCUAACCAAAAGGAAAUACUUUUCCUCAUAAAAAUGCUAAUGCAUAAAGUGCUAUUUUAAGCCUUUUAAGUUUCGGAUGCACUGGACCUAUAGACUUUAAAAUAGCUGUAAGUAUUACAAUUAUUUAGAUUUCAAAAGUUUCAAAAGAUUCUAUAACAGUUGAUCUUAUCAAUGAUGUGAUAGGAAAAAUUGAAAAUCUAAAAUAAAUCGGAUUUUAAAUUCUUAUUGGGAUUGAAGAAGUAAUUAAGGGUGCUGAAAUAAAAUUUUCUCAUUAGCCUGAUAUGUUGUUUAAUGCUUUUGAUUUUAAUAGUAUUCCCGGAAAUUACUAUGCAUUUACUCUUACUUAUUAAGGAUUGAUAUAUGACCCUGCUUAUCUUCUAUCAUAACAUAAAAAAAUUGUUUCUUUCCAUCCAAAUAAAACUUUUGAUUACACAAUAUAUAUUGCAGGUAUUAUAUAAAAAUAACCACAGAGGGAGCUUUUGCUCCAUGUACUAGUCUUUAGGUAUCUUUAAUAAAAUAUUUCAAAACUAUCUUUACUCCAUUAAGAUUAUAAUCAGCAAUAGUUACCUAAAAUAGGGAUCUAAUAUUUCUAAAUAAUCCACAAAUAUAUAUUAAAAUUGAAAUUCUGAAUAAAAUUAUCACUUAACCUCAAAUAUAUAAGACAUUGAUAGAUAAAUCUAUUAAAACAUUUAGUAUUUAAAUUGAAAUAAAUUGCAAAAAUAUUGUAUAAAUAAAAAGCCUCUUUCGUAAUUGUCAAAAUUGUUUAUUUUAGUAGAAUUAUCAUUCUAAUCAUUAUUGUAGUUCCAAUUUAACUUUAUUAACUUUUAACUUUAAAUUGACAUAAUCAAUUUUGUCAUAUUAAUAAUUAAUAUUUAUUCUUGAGCAAUCAAGAUUCACUUUAAAAUAAGUACUAACAAAUUAUGUAGAAACAGAAGUUGAAUUAAUUGAUAUUAUCUUAAUUUGA